AUGUCCAGUCGUUCUUCUUCGUCACAACUCUGGAACACUCUCCGGCGUUACACGGAAAUAACUGGGGUAAUUAAUCGAUUUAGAAAAGACCAUGCAAUAGGUUCUUCGUUUUCUAAUAGCGGAAGUAACUCGAAUGAGCAGAUUAAUGUUAGGACAAACCGGAAAUCUACAGCGCCUACUGCUCUACCGUUGAUGCAGAUAAUUACUAAUUUGCACAGGUUGUUUCCGCUAUCUUUUUCGAGAUCAUUUGAAGACUUCCAUCAGUUCACGGUGAAUAAAGAGGUUUUCCAAGAAAACCUUCUAUCUGUGUUACCAUAUUAUCCAGUGUCUUCAUCUCGUUAUACUGCUAAAGUUAUUAGGACCCCUGUUGGAGACUCGGGAAACUAUAUCAACGAAUUUCAAAUUACACCCGUUAGAGCCAGCCACGGGGAAUCGAUGGCACCUGAUGGGACGCCAUUGAAACACAUUAUACUUGUCCAUGGCUACGGGGCGGGUUUGGGUUUCUUCAUUAAGAAUUUUAAUGCGUUGUUGUCUGAAAACGUGGUUAUUCAUGCGAUAGACCUGCCUGGCUAUGGUUUUUCAUCUCGACCAAAAUUCCCAUUUAGCUAUCCAAAGGAUUCGUAUCUUGCUGUUGAGAACUACUUUCACGACAUGUUACACCAGUGGUUUGAGCAAAAAGGGUUAACACGGUCGUGGGAAAGUAAUUUUGUGGUUGCUCAUUCGAUGGGUGCAUAUAUUUUUGCGCUUUACGCUAACAAAUAUAAGCAUUUCAGGAAACUUGUUAUGUGUUCGCCUGGGGGUGUAUCAAGAAAUGAAUCAAUGCCAUCACCUCCUUGGUGGUUUGUGAAGAUGUGGGACAAGAACAUUUCCCCAUUUUCCCUUGUGAGAAACUCAGGUCGUCUUGGCUCGAAACUUGUUAGUGGAUGGAGUUCUCGCAGGUUUGGUUUGGACCACCCACACUUUGAAAAGAUCCAUCGCUACACUUAUGGUAUAUUCAACCAGCCAGGUUCUGGUGAAUAUAUGUUGUCUUUCAUGUUGGGAUGCGGUGGCUGGCCUAGGGUGCCAUUGGAAUCAAGACUUUUUACGGAUAAGAAUUUCAAAUGUGGUCAUUUGGAUUGGUUAUGGUUGUACGGUGAUGGCGAUUGGAUGGAUGUCAAUGGAGGAAGACGAAUCAACGAAUUCUUAAAGAAAAAUAACAUCAAGAGCUCUCUAGCGGUGGUUCCUGACGCAGGGCAUCACCUAUAUUGGGAUAACGAUUCCUUCUUUAACGAUAUCGUUAAGCGGGAAAUAAUCAAAAACUAA